AUGCUCCCUUCCGUCGCCCGGCCCCUCCCCUUCGACCCCGCCGCGAUGUCUUCCCCCAGCACCGCCGACGCGACGGACGCCCCCGUUGUCCCGCCGCGACGCUGCUGGCGCCGCACCGCGGUCUUUUGGCUAGCGGCGCUGGCGGUCUAUUGGCUUGUGCUUUUUAUCGGCACCCACCUGCCAACGGAGAACGUGGCGGGCGUCGCAACGGAUAACGACAAGCUCGUCCACACGGCGGCCUACGCGGUGCUAACGACGCUGCUGUGCAUCGCCUGGCGUCGUGUCGGCGGCUCGCCGGGACUCGCGGGGCGCCUGGUGAUCGCCGCCGCCGUGCUUUCUUACGGCGCGAUCGACGAACUGAGCCAGCCUUACUUCGGCCGCUCGUGCGACCUGCGGGACUGGAUCGCCGACGGCGUCGGCGUAACGUUGGCUUUGUUAUUGGAUGCGUGGCGUCACC